CUCAUCCUUCUCCUCCCUCAACCGUCUUUCUUUGUCUCUUAUUUCCUUUUGCAAAUCGCCUGCGGCGCUGCGCUUCUCUCCGUUUUUCCAGUUUCUCACAGUUUGUUCUCCUCUCGUUUCUUCUCGAUUCCGGUUUUCGACAAGAAUUCAAAAUGGUUCGCGUUUCCAAACUCUCGACCGCCGCCCUCGCGACUACGGUCACCGUCUCCGCCUUCCCCAUCCCCUGCCUUCUUCCCUUCCUCAGCGGCGCUGGUAGCCUCCUCGGUGGGCUUGGCGGCAGCGGCAGCGGCAGUGCGGACCUGGGUGCCAGCCUUGGUCUUGGUGGCAGCGGUAGUGGCAGCGCCGGCGCUGGUGCCGGUGCCUCUGGUGGUCUGGGAGCUGAUCUCGGUGCUGCUCUCGGCCUUGGUGGCGGUGCCAGUGCCACUGGCGCUGCUGGUGCUGGUGCUUCCGGAGGCGCUGGCGCUGGCCUUGGUGCUAGCCUCGGUGGCUCUGGCAGUGCUAACCUUGGUGGCUCCGCUGGUCUGGGCGCUGGCCUCGGUGGCUCUGGUACUGGCUCCGCUGGUGCUGGCGCUUCCGGAUCUGCUGGUCUCGGCGGCUCUGGCUCCGCUGGUCUCGGCGCUGGCCUCGGCGCUGGCCUCGGCGGCUCCGGCACUGGUUCCGCUGGCGCUGGUGCCUCGGGCUCCGCUGGUCUGGGCGGCUCCGCCGGUCUAGGUGCCGGUCUGGGCGGCUCCGGCUCUGCUGGUCUCGGUGCUUCCGGCACUGGUGCUGCUGGUGCUGGUGCCUCUGGCGGCGCUGGCCUCGGUGCCUCCGCUGGUCUGGGCGGCUCCGCUGGCCUUGGCGGCUCUGCUGGCCUCGGCGCUGGCCUUGGUGGCUCCGGUACUGGCUCCGCUGGUGCCGGUGCUUCCGGAUCUGCUGGUCUCGGUGCCUCUGCUGGCCUCGGCGCCGGUGCCGGUCUCGGUGGCUCUGGAACUGCUGGCGUCGGUGCCACUGGCACUGGCGGUGCUGGUGCUGGUGCCUCUGGCUCUGCUGGUCUCGGGGGCUCUGGCUCUGCUGGUCUUGGUGCUGGUCUCGGCGGCUCUGGUACUGGCUCUGCCGGUGCUGGUGCCUCCGGCUCUGCUGGUCUCGGUGGCUCCGCUGGCCUCGGUGGCUCUGCUGGCCUCGGUGCUGGUCUCGGUGGCUCCGGCACUGGUAGCGCUGGUGCUGGUGCCUCUGGCUCUGCUGGUCUCAGUGGCUCCGGCUCUGCUGGUCUCGGUGCUGGUCUUGGUGGCUCUGGAACUGCUGGCGUCGGUGCCACUGGCACUGGCGGUGCUGGUGCUGGUGCCUCUGGCUCCGCUGGUCUCAGUGGCUCCGGCUCUGCUGGUCUCGGUGCUGGUCUCGGUGGCUCCGGGUCUGGUGAUGUCUCCGGCUCUGGCUCCGGCGGUGCUUCUGGCGACGUUUCUGGCUCUGGCUCCGGCGGUGCUUCCGGCGAUGUUUCCGGCUCUGGCUCUGGCGAUGUUUCCGGCUCUGGCUCCGGCGAUGUCGGCGUCUCUCCCACCACUGCUGAUGUCCCCUCUGCCACCACCACUUGGAUCAGUGCUACUACCAGCGUCAGUUUCCCCGGCGGCGGUGCCAGCGGAUCGAUCACGGCUUCCGGCAGCACUGGCGGCAACGGCGACUCUGGAGCUGAUAUCGGAGCAGAUGCAUCGGGGAGUGCUGAUGCGAGCGCCGAUGCCUCGGCAGAUGCCUCUGCUAGCGCGAAUGCCAGCGCCAAUGCAAGCGCUGAUGCCUCCGCUAGUGCUGAUGCCGCCGCUAGUCUUAGUGCUGAGGCCUCUGCUAGCGCUGAGGCGCAGGCUACUGCUGCCUUCAGCUUCUCUGCCUAGAUGAUAGGCAUUUCGAAGUCGUCUCACUACAACACAUACACGACACGCGAGUGAUGGUCCUUGCGUCCAUGGGAAUCGAUUGAUCCAACAAAAUGAUUCAUUGAGGAAUUGAGGGAAGGAAAGGAUGGGGGUUUUUCAUUGCUGUCAUUCGUUCAUGAUUAUACUUGUCUAAUAUUUGUCAUUCGUUGAGAACUUGCUGUGAGUUUAAGUUAUGAUACAGGCUACCAGUCCGCUAUAUUGAUAAUUAGAAUUCAUGCCUGUUAUUGCUUC